UAAGUGCAGUCCCCUUAUUUAGUUUUAAGGAAGAUUUGAUAUUAUCUAGUGUGUAAAAAAUAUAUUAAUGCUUGGAUCAAACGCUGAAGAGAGCGACUGCCUCAUCAUUCGUACAGAGCUCAUUGAAGCCCUUCUUAAGCGCCAGAAAUAUGGCGAUUCCGUAUUGGAGCGCAGCCAGACUGGUGGGGAUGUUCAGGGAAGUGAUACUCCAUUUCUCAAUGGACUCAACGAUGGCUCCACGACGGCUCAGUGUCCUUCCUGUGAGGAUUACGGUGUUUGUGAUGGUGGUUUGAUUGAGCAGUUCGUGCGGGUCUGUCCGCCGCUGGGUGUACCAUCUUGGGCUAUGGAGGAGUGUCUAAGAAUUUCCCCAAAGGCCGAGACAUGGUACGGCACCGCCCUUCACCCUAAAGUAUGGGGCCUACCAGGAACCGCACAAUGCACUUUCAUGACGCAGCCAUCCGAUUUUCUAAAUUUUUUAGUGAAUGAGUAAAAGGAUAUUGCUCUAGUUGCUUAUUUUACGCUUGUUGUUAGUUGGAAGGUUCCCUAAGAAAUUAUCACAUAUUUUUACGCAUAGCAUUCAUGAGUGUAUCCGUACAACCUUUUAUAUACUCUCAUGUUAUGACGUGCAUCCGUAUUGCUGAAUUUAAACACACACACAAAAAAAAA